AUGAGUGUAUACAAGGCCGCACUUGUGCGGUACGUCUCUGACCUUCCACCGCCCUUCCGGACACUCCCGGAUGCCCUCCGCAGCUCGUCUUCUCCGCAGGCUCUCCUGGCAUAUUCCGACGAUGCACGUCAUCUCCCACUGGCAGCGACUCUGGCACUCAUCCCAGCAGUCUAUGUGCUGGGUCUCGUGAGUGGCAACGUCUCAUGGGUCGACCGCAUUUGGACGUCGUGGCCUGUCCUGUGCUCCAGCAGUGUUCUGGCAUGGGUUGUCGUCAAUGACGGCGGGAACGCCUAUGGAGCGUGUAUCCCGCGACUCGUGGUCGUGCUUUGCCUUCAGGCAAUCUGGUCCGUUCGUCUCACAUGUCACACCGCCAGGAGAGGGCUUUACGAGCUCAACUCGGAAGACUACCGCUACACCCAGGUCCGCCGCCUCCUCCUGCCACCCCUCUUCCAGCUGAUACACCUUCUGGUGGUGGCUGUAGCCCAACCCUUGCUUCUCUUCAGCCUCUCGCUCCCCGUCGCUGCUCUGCUACAGCCCGUCUCGUUGCUCCCAGCCCAUGGCCUGGCCAUUCCCUUCUCAACAAUCUCCUGGCUCCUUCCAGCCCGUUUCAACGUCACCCCACCAGACACACCUGUCCUGCAUGCCGGCGACCUGGUCCUGACCCUCGCUGCGCUCCUGGUCCUCGCGAUUGAGCGCGCCUCAGACAACGCAAUGUAUGCAUUUCAAUCCGCCAAACACGUGGACAUGGACGCUGCGGCAGCAGCCAAGGCGGCCUCGGCUCGGAACAGCCUUCCACAGCGGACACCAUCGCCGGUCCCUGUCCCGCUGGCGUUCUAUCCUGGCUUCCCAACUCGUGGACUGCACGCAUACUCCCGGCAUCCAAACUUUGCCUCUGAACAGACGUUCUGGGUAAUCUUGGGGCUGUUUGCCGUGAUUGGCAGCGGUGCAGUGCCGGAAAUGCUAGCCCCAGCGUUCGCCCUGAGCAUCCUAUUCUGUGCGAGCACGGCGCUCACCGAGUGGAUUACCACACGCAAGUACCCAGUCUACCGAACAUAUUCCCGCCUCGUCGGCCAGUUCCUGCCCCAGGAGACGAUGCUCAAGUGGCUCUGGACUGCGGUGAGGGGUACCUGGCCCACGCUGGAGCGGGAGGUGUAUGGGCGUGGAACGAGACGAUGA